CUUUGUAAAGCAGUCGGAGAAGAAGCCCACUCAGCUGAGGAAAAUGGCCGACGUACAGAUGGAGAUCACGAACAGAAGGAUGAAGAAUGGCAACGAGCACGUGAAGGAAGAUUUAAAAAUCCAUGACCAAAGUGGAAAUGAGGACAGUGGUGGUGUAUCUGAAGAAGAGGAGGAUGAGGAGGAGGCAGAAACCAAUGGUGAGAAGACUGAGGUGGACAGUAAACACCACAGCAGCAGCGGGAAACACAAAAAGAAGAAACACAAGCACCGAAGCAAGCACAAAAAGCACAAACACGCUUCUGAUGAAGAUAAAGAGCGUAAACGUAAACACCGCCACAAGCACAGGAAACACAAACGCAAAGAGGGUUCUCCGUCUGCAGCCCAUAGGAAGACUGAGUCUUCCCCCUCCUCGGGAAAUCCCAGCCUGGAUGACCGGGCACUACUGGAGGAUCUGGAGAAGCAGAGGGCCAUGAUCAAAGCCGAGCUGGACAGUCAGCUGAUGGAGGGGAAGGUGCAGUCGGGGAUGGGUCUUAUCCUUCAGGGCUAUAACUCCGGCUCUGAGGAGGACCCGGAGGCGCGGCUGAGGAAUGGAGAGCAGAGGCAGAGGCAGAGGAGCAGCUCAGGGAAAGCCGUCUCACCCAGAGCCGGCAAAAGUGUCAAAUCCAAACGGGACUCACCUGAGGCCGCAAAGUCCAGCUCCAAGCGUCGCAGUCGCAGUAAAUCUGCAGAUAAACCGUCAAAGGAGACCAGAGACAAGGCCUCCAAAAGCACCAAGGAAACAGGGGCUAAAGACAGGGGCAGGGACAGAAGCAGGUCACGAGAGAGAAAGCUCUCAGACAGCACUGACAGGUCCAAGGAGCGCAGCCGGAUAUCACCAUCCAGAGCUGAGCCCAAGACCGGCCGCACUGACAAACGCUCCUCUCCCACGCGGGACGACAAAGCCCGGAGGUCUAGGUCAACAGGGAGAGAGCGGUCUGGUCGCUCUGAGGCAGACCGGGAAAAAAGACCAACCAAGUCCCCCUCAAAGGAUGCUUCCUCUGGGAAAGAGAACCGCUCCCCCCACAGACGUGCCCAUAGUCCCGGCAGGAGGCGCAGCACUUCACCCCGACACAGGGACCAGCCUCCCACCGCUAGUGCCUCUGACCGCACAUCCAAACAGAGCUCUCCCUCCAGGACAAGGUCACCUCCCCGGCGAGGACGCAGCCGCUCCCCUGAAACGAGGAGGAGAGAGGACAGACAGGAGUCUCCUGCCAGAAAGCGCACUCGUGCAGAAGUGGGCUCUGGCAGAGACCGUUCCAGAGAGGCCAGUCCCAGGGUAGCAGUGCGGCGCAGGCCAAGCCGCUCUCCUUUGAGGAGGAGGUCCCCGUCUCCACGACGACGCUCACGGUCCUCUCCCCGUAGGAGGAGCAGGUCUCCCCUCAGGCACAGGUCCGAUGAGAGGGACCGGUACGGCAGACCCCGACAGUACAGAAGAUCCAUGUCUCGAGAUCGGGACAGAGACCGUGACAGGGAGAGGAGGAGGAGACGUAGCCGGGAUGAAGACAAGUUCAAGGGCAGCCUGUCAGAGGGGAUGAAGGUGGAGCAGGAGUCCUCAGAGGAUGAUGUGCUGGAGGACUUUGAAGGAGAGGAGAUUGAUGAAGAGGCCCUGAUUGAACAGCGCAGACAGCAGAGGAUGGCCAUCGUUCAGAAAUACAAGAUUCAGAAUGAGGACUCCAACAUGGCAUCGGAGCCUACCAGCCCUCAGAGUAGCAGCCGCAGCCGCUCACCCUCCCCUGAUGACAUCCUGGAGCGAGCAGCUGCUGAUGUGAAGGAAUACGAGAGAGAGAACAUCAACACUUUUGAGGCUAGCGUCAAGGCCAAGCUCAACCUCAUCACCCAGGAGAAGGAAGGACAGAACCCAAAGAAGCCCUCAGCCCCAGACAUGUUCACAGAGUCAGACGACAUGUUUGCAGCAGACUUUGAUAGCGCCAGGAUGAGAGCCGGCGUGGGGAAGGACUUCAAGGAGAACCCCAACCUCAGGGACAACUGGACUGAUGCAGAAGGCUACUACAGAGUGAACAUCGGGGAGAGCCUGGACAAGCGCUAUGACGUGUACGGCUACACGGGCCAGGGAGUGUUCAGUAACGUUGUGAGGGCCAGAGACACUGCACGGGCUGGACAGGAGGUGGCAGUCAAGAUCAUCAGGAACAACGAGCUCAUGCAGAAGACGGGUCUGAAGGAGCUGGAGUUCCUGAAGAAACUGAACGAUGCCGACCCUGAUGAUAAGUUCCACUGUCUGCGUCUCUUCAGACACUUCUACCACAAACAGCACCUGUGCCUGGUGUUUGAGCCUCUCAGUAUGAACCUGCGCGAGGUGCUGAAGAAGUACGGUAAAGACGUGGGGCUGCACAUCAAGGCCGUGCGCUCCUACAGCCAGCAGCUCUUCCUUGCUCUCAAACUGCUUAAGCGCUGCAACAUCCUCCACGCUGACAUCAAACCUGAUAAUAUUCUGGUGAAUGAAUCCAAGACCAUCCUAAAGCUGUGUGACUUUGGCUCUGCAUCUCAUGUAGCUGACAAUGACAUCACGCCGUACCUGGUCAGCAGGUUCUAUCGCGCGCCAGAAAUUAUCAUAGGGAAGCCUUACGACUACGGCAUCGACAUGUGGUCCGUGGGCUGCACCCUGUACGAGCUCUACACCGGCAAGAUCCUGCUGCCCGGAUCUUCCAAUAACCACAUGCUCAAACUGGCCAUGGACCUCAAGGGCAAGAUGCCCAACAAGAUGAUCCGCAAAGGCCUCUUCAAAGACCAGCACUUCGAUUCAAACCUCAACUUCCUCUACAUUGAAGUGGACAAAGUGACAGAAAGGGAAAAGGUAACUGUCAUGAGCACCAUAAACCCCACCAAAGACCUGCUGUCUGACAUGGUGGGGGGCCAGCGCCUGCCCGAGGACCAAAGGAAGAAGGUGAUGCAGCUUAAGGACUUACUGGAUGGGACGCUCAUGUUGGACCCAGCCAAGAGAAUCAGCAUCAACCAGGCACUGCAACAUCCGUUUAUACAGGAAAAGAUCUGACCCCAUUUCCCUCUUAUUUGAACUGAUUUUAUUGUAAAUACCACCAUUCUAACGGUAGCCAACAUGCAGUCAUCACAUCACCUCAUACGCAGCAAUGCAGUUAAUCACUUAAGCGUUUAACUUGCAUAAAAAUGUGUAAAUAGUGUCUCGCUUUAACAAUCUGACGCGGUUGGAUUUAGUUGUUUUUUUGUUGUUUUUUUUUAACCAUGUCGCAGUGUGGGGCCCUGCAUGCUUUCUUUUUGCUGUGUUUCGGGUCACUGUAAAUGCUAUGUAAAAAUGCAUCCAUGUCCCUCAUGUAAGUACAAAAAAACGAAGGAAUACAAAGUACACCCAGAUCGGAAAUAGUUUUAAGUUUAUACGCCCGUGUCAAGGCUCGCCGAAUCCAAGUGCCUCCCGAUGAGCCGGAAAACAGAACCUGUGACCACCCUGUUCCCAUCGUAAUUGUAUAUAGUCCAAAAUGUUCCGUCAUUUAUGUAUGAUUUCUGUUUUUCCAUAAUGUGGUAAAAACGAUCUUGUGAUUUCAAUAAAGAAUAGUUGUGGAAACGUCACUGAAAGGGGCACCUUCAGUUAAGGAUUUUUGUAAUAAAAUGUUUCCAAUUGUAAAACAAA